GGGCCCGUCUUGGCAAUUUCAGUUUCAAGGGCUCUAUCAGCAGGUAGUGACGUCACAUAUUCCACUCUGUCACCACGGCCUCAUAGGCAAACAAACGAGCCGGAUUCCCAAACCACCCGUGCUCGGAAUCAGCCACCCUUCAACAGAGCACAUUCAGACAACACUUGUAUCCACGUCGAACGAAACAGAGAACCCACCAUGUCUGACAUCGUCGAAGCCAUCAAAGACGCCGUCAACCCCAAACGGCGCGAACAAGCCACGGUCGAGACCUACGACCCCCACAAACGGGGCCCUUACCCCGACCAGCCUCCGACCGGCGACGGCCAGCCCGGACUCUCACCGUCGACGACGACUGAAGCGCAGAACCCGGGAACCGCCGAGCGGAGCGACCUCAGCAGCACCGUCGCCGCGGGGGGCCAGCACAGCGGAUCCGUCACGAGCCAGACGCUGAAUUCGGCCCAGCCGUCCGCUGCCCAGAGCUCGGCGGGACGGAGUCGAUCGCGCGUCGCGGAGGCACUUGAUCCCCGCGCCGAGUCGACCGGGAAUGGCAGCGGAAGUCAGGGGCUGGGUGACUAUGGCGGGGCAGCGACCAAGCCGGUGCAUAAGGAGGGUGGAAAGUACGGUUUGUCUUGAAGUGAGUUCGGACGGUGGUCUGCAAUGACUCGGAAGGCAUCACAGAGACGCGGAGGAGGGGAGUGGUGAAAUUGCAAUGCACCUUGGCUUUUGGGGGCAGGCGGAGUUGGGCGUUGAUUUUGUUGGUUUGGUUCUGAUAUAUUGCACUCUUGUUGUGCCACUAGCGGUAUGGGCCAGAGCCGACGACCAUGGCAUGAACUUCCACAGUCUCCUCUCCGUUUAUGAUUAAGCGCCCCUUCUUCGCCCCUCAGCGUAUCAGACUCUACAGGCAAGGUCCCUCGUGAAGAACGGUCUGUGCCGGUGCCUUGUCGUCCACAAACGGAAUCUGUAUGAGGACUGUGGGCUCGUCGCUCGGGAACUCGGUGAAGUGGCCGGCCAGUGUGCUGGCCGACUUGAGGUCGGCAGCG